GUCACAGAAUUUCUAUCCCGACUCGACGUCUUUUACGGGACUGCAUUCUCGCAACGCGUGCUUUGUACGGUUUGCCCAAGUUGGUUGUAACACUCAAGCUUAUCGCCAACGGAGAACAGCGGGGAGGAAUCAUGGAACUCGGCGAGAUCGGCUCCGUUAGGGCUACAUUUGAGAACGUUCCUCUGCACCCAACUCUCAAUCGGGCAUUUAUUGCCGAGUUCGUGAAGCAAGAGACAGACCCUGCCGAGCAGAAGGUUCACUCUGAGGAGGGAGAAGCUCCCAGCACACGGAUCGAAACGUCGGACUUUGAGCCGGACAACAACGCGGCAAAACCCGAAAACACAACGGAGAGAGCCUCACAGCAGAGCUCCCUGUUGGAUUUGCUCGCUCUUGAGAAAAUGCUGGACGAUGGAGCGGAUAUCAAUUGCUCUCAUGAACAUGGUCAAACUGCAUUGCAUCAGGUCGCACUCAUUCACAGCGCCAAGGUUGCUGAGUUUCUGCUGGCGAAGGGAGCGGACGCCAACGGGGUUGACGCUCUCGGCUGCACGCCACUGCACGUAGCGGCCACUGCCAACAGUGUGGAGGUGCUGCGAGUUCUGGUGCACAGCGGUGCCAGCGUGGAGGCGAGGACGACGGGAGAGCUGCAGACGCCCUUGCACCACGCGGCAAAGCGCGGCGCGACUGCCGCGGUGAAGGCCAUGGAAUUGCACGGGGCGGACGUGCACGCCAGAGACCGCCAGGGCCGCACGCCUCUACACAUGGCCGUGCUGCAUGGCCACAGCGAAACGGCCCAGUUGCUUCUCGACCUGGGGGCCGACUCGAGUGCAGAGGAUGACUUGGGCCAAUCGUGCCUCUCACUUAUUCUGCUGAAGAUGCCCCCCGUGGCUUAUAAGGCUUUAGGUCGGUUCUAUCACUCUGACCCCAUUCGCCGGCACCAAUGCUUCAACCUGACAUGCCUGGAGCCAAAGCCGAACGCAGAACACACGGAGACGUACAGAACCCCGCUGAAGCUCAUCGUCUCGAACCAACUGUUUGACGUCAUUAAACACCCCUUGGUCAAGAAGUUCAUAGACUUGAAGUGGAACAGCUAUGGAUAUGCAGCGACCUGGUUCCACCUGGCGUUGGACUUUGUUUACAUCUCACUUUGGACCGUGCUGUGCCUGUCUCUUCCCCUGAGGAGCCCCCACAUCGCUCCCGAGUCCAGCAAGGCAAGCUGUGACGCACGUCACUUCUCGACAACCCAACCAGGGAGAGAAUGAGACACUACCGCAGGCCUGGAGAAACAAUAUCUUUCUUAAGGAGAUGGCAAUGGAUUAAAUCUAUCUAUGCAGAGCUGUCAGUGUUAUCCCACAUAUGAGUGGGUUAUAUUAAGAUACUGCACUCUAGCUUCUACACACACGCCAUCAAUAAUUGAACUGGCCAAAUAUCCCAGUUUCCCAAAAUAACCCUCGUCUGCAUGUGUUGCAUCUUAAAAAAAAAUAUUCAGCAUACUUAAAACAUCUUUGAACAACAUCCUUCGUAAGCGUGACAAUCUUGUCGGGAGGUAGAGGGUUAUUGACGAGAAUUUCACCAUAAACCACCACUACCACCACGUGGCCUAACCCACAAGACAAAAAUUUAUCUGUAUUUAAACAGAUUUGAUGGAACCCAUGUCGCCCUCGCUGCACCGUGGCGCCUAGUGGGCGCCAAGGUGGCGAGAUGUUAAC